UAAGCUAGGGAGUGGGGGGUAGUCCAUGAGCUGCCUCCCAGGUGCGCCAGUGGUGGGCUCUUCAGCAGGGUGUGUGAGGGCAGAAUGAGCACUGCAUAGUAAAAUAGCAGCUGGAGUGAAAGGAACGUCUACUAAUGAUGACAUUAGCAGAAACUAUGGAGCCUUGUAGUGCCCUGUGCUUGUAUUGUUAUCUGUGAAUCUACUCAGAGGCUCCUGAGGAAACCCCAUGAAGGACAGGCCCCUUCUUGGCAAAACAAGUUGAGAGAGAGCCUCAGGGCCUGUCUACACUACCAAGUUUUGUUGACAAAACUUAUGUUGACACCCAAAAGUCAACAAAACAAAAAUCGCCUAAGGAUGUUCACACAUGCUCCCUCUGGCAGAUGAUGUCCACGUUGGAGACGCCAUUAUCGACAGGGUGAGCAAUGCACCGUGGGUAUGUAUCCCACAGUGCAACGUUGUGGGAAGGAAGAGCUGAUUACUGUGCAUCUUGGGAUUCUCUCACAGCCCCCUCAGCUGCCACAGCAGCAUCGUGAGUAGCUCAGUGAGCUCUCUGUGCUGAGGAAUGGCAAAGCAGCACAGCAGACUGUCCCCGGCCCCAUCCCCCGGCAUCCCCAGGCAGCAGCAGUGUGUGUCCCUAGUGCGGGGCAGAACAGGAGCAUUCCCCGCAGCUUUGAAAGAGGAGGGGCGCAUGCCUGGAGGAGAUCAAAACACUGAGCUGAGCAGUCAGAGCAGGCAUUGUGGGAUACUGGCGGAAGCUAGUUCUGUGGACAGAACAGUCAGCAGUGUCUGUGCUGGCUCUUUCUUGACAAUAAAGGGAGGGGAAAGGACAAAAGUCUCGUGGGGUGGAUGUUUUUCGCAACUAAAGUCCAGUUGUAGUGUGUACGCUCUUGCUGUUUUGUCGCCAAAAGGCAGUUUGGGGGCCAAAACUUGCCCAUGUAGACAAGCCCUCGCUUGAUGAUCAAGGACAUUACAUUCAUCAGGAAAGGAAGGACUGCGAGAGGAGAUAGGGUGCAAACCUCUGGUUACGGGGUCAUGCAGUUUAGCAGACAGACAUCUAGGUGGUUCUGUUCAUGUAAAAUACACUCCUGCUGAUAGACAACUGUAGCUUGGUGAUUUGAGUUCACCAGCAGUGGGAAAACUUGCAGCUGAUGAGCUUUGCCCUGCGGUUCCAGGGAGUGCGCUGUCUGGGGCAGUAUUUUCAGACUGAGCAUCGCCUGAGUGUGGAUGAGAGGCUAACUGUUUGGGGGACUGCAAAUGACAGGGCCUGGCCUGCUGUCUUCUCUCUUGUGGUGUGAGUUUUCUGUAUAGUGGUGGUGUGUGAAAAACUGUUAAAUCAAACAGGGAACACAGGCACCUUUAACUAUUUCCAAAUGCUUAAUUCUGAGCCAUGUUCCCUUGGGGAAGUAAACAGUUAAAAGACACCUCAGCAGGCUGAUGGGGCCCAAAGUUCUUCUUGAACUUCCUUCAGAGCCUGAAAAAUGUCCAGCUUCUCUAAAUCACAGACUGCAGUUUAAAAUUGCCCCUUCUCUGUUGGACCAAUGACAAACCUGGCAGGUUCCGGGUUGGUCUGUGGACCUCAGCCUCCGGCCAUUGCUCACUUUUGCUGUUGAUGAGCCAGACAGGAUCAGCAAUUCCAAGACUCUGUUCAGAACGGGGCUUUCUCAACAGAGCAGAGUGGAGGGACUCUGCAGUGCAUGCUCCUACAUCAGACCAAGCUGGCUGGUCCAGUUUUAGGUCUCUCUCUGUCCCAGUGGCAUUCCUUCUAUUGCUUGAGCUUCAGGGUCAGCACUGUGCCAGCGGAUCAGGAGACAAUGCCGGCCCCAACGAGCUUGCUGUUCUGGUACCUAGCCUUGCAAUGGUGACUCCCGCAGGAGGCCUCCUUUUGUUCUGGUCCUCUUUGGGUCACUGGGGCAGCUUUGGCCUGCCUGCAGUACUGUCUCAGUGAUGACUGAGCAUGAUGCGGAGGGCAGCCAUGUCUAUCACUGUGCCUAUCCCUCCUGUAGACACAGUGGUGUAUGCACCAGCUACAGGUAGAAAUCUUGCAGGGGACAGUGUUGGACGGCUUUGCUGUGAAGAGGAGGGAGCUGGCAUUGGGGUCAGAAUGGAAGGAAGAGAUGGGUGAGGGCUGGGUCCCUGUGAGGGAGUAGGCAGGGAUGAGGCUGUGGGCGAGCAGAGCUUUGAAGGUCCUAUGCUUACACUUUGUGGGGAAUGGUAGAGUUCGCACAGGUGGCUGGCGACAUGAUGCAGGUUGCUAGCAGCAUCUGGAGGGGGAAGCAGGGAGACCUGAGAGCAGAUUGCAGGAGUUAAGGAGAGGUAACCAAUGUGCACAUGAGGCUUUAGAUCUUGUCUUCACUAGGAAAACGUUGUGAGAGCUAGAACCUGAGCCCAAGAGAGUAGUCGGUAGUGAUGGCAAAGGCAGCAUUGGGAGGGAUUUGGAGAAGCUGUGGGUUUAUUUGACCAAAGUGCCUUUGAGUCGGUGACCAAACUACUUAACUUGCUACGUCACCCUGCCUGUCUAAUGGGCAGGACUCUUGGCGAGCUGCCUGUGCUAACAGACCUUACGAGGAUCCCGAGGUCCUUCCCUCUGUGCAAUAUGCUGCACUGGAAGCUGCUGAGGAGAGGAGUGUGGGUGGAAGGCAGGUUCGCUGGUGGCUCCCUGCUUUUGUUCAGGAGCAGAGUAGUGACCAUGUGAAUUCUGCCUCCCAGCAGGAGCUGCUUGUACAUAUAUAUCUAUCACCCUCUCCUCAUGCCACUGAUCCAGAGAGACUGGCAGGAAGUGCAGCUUUUGGGGACACCUGCUGCCUUUAAUGUGUGAGAGAGUCCAUCUUUGCACCAAGCAGGGGGGUCGCUGAGGACUGUCACGCCAGUGGCAGGAAACUAACCAAGUGGCAUGAGAUUUUGCGGGGAAUGUUUGCAACCAUGUCUCCAAGUGCCAUCUCCUCUUUGCCCGCUCUGCCGCAUGCCCUUUGACCCCAAAAAGGUGGAGAAGGCCUCCAAUGUGGAGAAGCAGUUGUCCUCCUACAAGGCUCCCUGCAGAGGGUGCAGUAAGAAGGUGACCCUAGCGAAGAUGAGAUCCCACGUUUCAUCCUGCACUAAGGUUCAAGAGCAGAUGGCCAACUGCCCAAAGUUCGCUCCGGUGGUCCCAACUUCCCAGCCCAUUCCCAGCAAUAUUCCAAACCGUUCCACUUUUGUCUGUCCUUAUUGUGGAGCCCGGAACCUGGACCAGCAGGAGCUGGUCAAGCACUGCAUGGAGAACCACCGCAAUGACCCCAACAAAGUGGUGUGCCCCAUCUGUUCAGCGAUGCCCUGGGGGGACCCCAGCUACAAGAGCGCCAACUUCCUGCAGCAUCUCCUACACAGGCACAAGUUCUCCUAUGACACCUUUGUGGACUAUAAUAUCGAUGAAGAAGCAGCGUUGCAGGCUGCGUUGGCGCUCUCCCUCUCAGAGAACUGAAGGCGACUGCUGAGCAGCGGUGUGGAUCCUUUGCACAGGUCGCCUUUCCACUAGGAGAGGUGUGACACUUGUUAAUCCCUCUGCAUUCCCUAGAGAUUAGGCAGCCCAUCUCUGGUUAAAUUGCACCUUGUUUAAUAAGGUGGAAUCUUUCGUUGCACAAUGAAAUGGUGAGCGAGCAUGAUCUGGUGAGAGUGACACCGGCUGGAUGGGAAGAGGCAAAGGCGACCUUACCAAAUGUUUGUUUUUUCCAAUUGGGCAUUUCAUAUCCAUAUACGGAGUAUAUAGCUCUCUAUAUUUAUUAUUAGAUGCUUUUUGGCACCGUUGCUCCUCUUAUUUGUUGCAGUUAAUGGGUACAUAAAACAGUGAUGCAUUUUAUGUAAAAUACCCUAGAUUUCAAUUCUUAUCCAUGGGGUUUUUUUAAAGCGUUGAGCGUUUUUUAACCUCGUAAGAGUAUUUAUUGAGAUGUUGGCCCUCCACCCUCCUGAGGGCAUGAGCGGUCUAUUGCUCAGCUCUAUUGCUGCUGCUCACGGAAGGCCAGAGGCAAGGAAGCGCAUUGGUCUAAAUCUGGGAGCGAAUCUGCUGCUCUCAGAUACCGCUAUAACAGGUCUAUUAAAAAGAGCUAGGUAGAAAUGGGAAGGAAUACUGAACUGUCCUGCCACUGGCAUUCUUUCACCUUCCUCAUUUUGUACUGGCUUUUGUGAUACUAGAGUUCUUGCAUUUUUUCUACAUUAACUGGUGUGAGACCUUUUCACGUUUUAUAAAGCAAAAAAAAGCAGUUACUCUUCAUAUUGCAAUAUUUGUGUUUGACUAGGAACAAUAGUAUUUUUAUGGAACCUUAUUAAGAAAAAAGUUAUAUUUUUUAAACACAUGCUGUGGAUUCAAGAACUGGGGUGGGGUGGGGAACUGCUGGAACCUGGAAUUGAGAGGGGGCUCUUUUCCAUUUGCACCUGAGCAACAGAAAGGUUGCAUUGUUUCGUAUUUAUUUUUUGGGGUCAAUUUUUAUUUUUUAUUUUAUUUUAUUUUUCAAAUAAAGAUGCUGAUAUGCAGCCAUGCUGGAUCAGACGUGUGACCCAAGCAUGGGAGGGCGGUACUCGGAGUUACUCACCAGGCAUUAACAGGGGUGUUGGUCAAUGGAUCAAGUCCACUUCUGAAAGAAAAUAAAAACUGUGAAUAAGCUACAAGCUGUAUGUGUCUCCAAGAUGCAACACCCUACGAGUUGUUCAGCAGAGGGGGUGUUCUCUGGGGCAACAGCCCCAUUAGCAUUAACAUACCAAGGAGCGGGCCAGUUAGCGUCUUGACUCCAGGCUGUUCAUUCACUUCUGUCGGCAUGGACGAGCUGUUUGGCUGGGACUGUGAGGGGGCUGAGCUGGUCCUAGCUUGGCAGAGCUCAGUUCAGCAGUGGUCUGGUGUUUAGAAGUACAUGCAGUACAGUGUGACAAGCAGACUGCCUUCCACUAUUAGUACUAACUUUAGGACUCUUAAGUCCAUGAGUGCUAAUGUGUGGGAAUAUGGCGUCUAUAGUGUGCAAAUCCAGCCUCGGGCUGUGGCAUGGAAACUGUAGUUAGGGACUCAGAUUCUAGUCACCUGUGGAGAAGGAAACCGAUGCUCCUCAGCAGCCAUCCAGAGAUUGGUCGGGUCUCUGUGAUCCCGGGGCAAAGAUUUGGGAGCUCACUGGGAGUGACGCCAGUAGGAUAAUUUAUAAUAAACGUCGUGCCCCAGAUUUUUUUUCUGUUACAACUAAUUUUACAGCAUUAAAUCGUAUAAGGACAUGACUGCAAAACUCUCCGUUGGUGUGAUGUUAAACCCAGCAUCUGGUGCUGGCCCUGUCUGAGACAGGACACAACUCAACAGGCCCUUUGUCUGAGGGCGUGGCAGGCCCUGAAAUCAGAUAGAGAUCUGUUUGUAACCAACCAGGUGGCUGAAACUUUGGCCUAGCUGCAUGCAUUCUUCUGGGGGGCCAGGAGGCUGUCUGGGCAUGCUUAGUUCCAGGCUCUUGCUGUAGUGUAGAAUCAGACCAGCUUAGUGUUUCUGCACUGUGAAGAUCACUUCCUCGUUUGCUCCUUGGCCGCUGCGGGCACCUCUCUGGGGAUAGGGCAGAUCUGACCAAAGGUUUGGGCUGAGCCUGUUUUUAAGGGAGUUGAAAUUCAUUUUGGAAUAGUAUGGCUAACAAAGAAUGCUGGGAAACAGACUGACUGGAGCAGGGUGCUCUCCCCAUGGCAGGGAGACAUGUCUAUUCAGUUAAUUUGUCCUGCCAGCGCGGUUAGGAAGGAAGUGCUGGGAGUUUUGACAGUGCAUUUCCCUGUCUAGUUUCUGCCCAAGUCUGUCACUUAAACGUCGUUGGUGACAUUGCAUUGACUGUCGUUCAGUGGGUCUGUGUAGCACCUGUUUAAACCACCUCCUUGUACUGACUUGAGCCCUGAUGUUCCCCACCUUAGAUGCCAAGCCUCAGACAGAUGCUGCACACAGCCCCUUUCUUCCCAGCCAGUGAGAAAUAGCUGCUUGUCAGUGGGCCAGUUCCGUCCGUAACUGACCUCUGGGAUCCCCAUUGCUGGAUCCUCCUUUCUGCAGGGACUGGCCAUCCUACUCCACAGCACAAAACAAACAGAACAGAGUUCCUGGCUGUUGUUCACCAGCCCUUCUGUUGAUGAGCUCUGGGGAAGAGCCCUGUGGGAGGCAGGGAAAAAUCCAUCUAGGACCAUUUCAUUUCCCGUCUGCUAAGAGAGAUCCUGUAACCUCCCUAGCUAUAAACUAAACGGGUAAAUCACGUACAGUCCUGCUUAGCAAGCUGGAACCCAGCACCCGCCUUUUCUAGGGAGCUGGGAACUUUUCUCUUCCAGUGCCCUGGGAGGGGCAGUCCUGGUUAGGAACACAGCCCAGCAAUAGAUACCUUGUCCACUCGCAACACAGUCCUGGUUGGGAACACAACCCAGCAAUAGAUUCCGUGUCCACUCACAACCUGUUGUGUAAUGUGAAGGGGCAGGAUUAAUCAGGUGCUGCGAUUCGCUCAUCCCGGGGUGUUUGGGUGAUGCUGCACUUUCACAUUCAGGGUGUUUCAAGCCAGAAGAGGCCACUAGAACCUCUAGUCUGACCUAUGUAACGCAGGCCAUUAAACUUGUCCAAGCAUAAGGUGUUGGGUGGCUGGUGGCCAUGUAUUGGCCUCCUGGAAGGGGACCUUUCCUCCAUCUAUCUCGCUGUUCUUUAGCCGUUUUGCUUUCUGUCUCCGUGCCUGGUUCCUGUCCCUUCCCGUCACAGUUAAAAUCGGUCUCAUCGCUGGAUUGCUUUUUUGUUCUCUCUUUGCUCUUUUAUCCUGUGACCUUUGUUAUUUGCCACCCAACCUAUCUUGAGUCCUUCCACCUGCAGCAGUGCAGGAAGCUACCCUGUAACCCCACCCAAGGGAAGGAGCAUUGCAGCUUGCUGACCUGCCUGCUCUUGGUCUCCCAAUAUGGACACAUUCUGCUACUAAGGUCCCUGGCUUAUGGUGGUCUAAUCUCUAGCACACUGGCUGAAGGCCGUCUGGUGCUGUGGUACCUUGCGGAGGGAUCUUCAGCUCCAAACCCUGAUUUAUCACCCUUUGACCUUUGCGCUAGCCAGCACGGUGAAACCUUUCUCCAGAAGAGCUGAGUGGCUCUGCUUGCCGCUGGUUUUGCCCACUGACUCCUUUUUCCUUUGUCGCAAAGCAGCUGCCACCUACUUUGCACCUCACUUUGAUAGUCAGGGACCAAUUGGCAGGCAUCUAGCACUGGUGCAUUCCCUCUUAGGGAUGGGGUGCUCUGUUUGGUGAAAGUACCACUUUGCACUGAUGCUUGUAGACUCUCAGGGGGUACAUGGCAGCUAGCUAAUCUCAUGGAGUUUGGGAGCUGGUUUGUGCAGGCCUUCCUUCAGCAUUGCUCUGGCUGCGAGAUACUCACCAUCUGGCACUGCACCAUUGCUGCGAGCAGGUCCACAGCCAUGAUAUUUUAAACAUCUCAGUAGCUGCUUAGUUCCAAGCUUGAAGCUUAGUUUGUAAGUUGGUUACCCAUCAACGUAGCUGAAUGCAAUUGCCUACUGCAAACCCAGGGACUGAUGGAAACUGCCCCCACUCACUGCCUUUGAAUGUAAGAUGAAAUCGGACAGGGAAAUUCCACAGUACAGUGCUGUUAACCUUGCAUGUUUUGCUUCGCUUAGUCGGGAUGGGUUGGGGAAGGAGGUUUUGUCUGUCUAGCCUUGAAACCCAUCCAUCUGCCAGCAGGCUGUUUUGUCCUGGGUUUGAAUCUGUACUGCUGUGGGUGGAAUGUAAAGAGGGCAGCGGAAAUAUAAUCCAGAGGGCUUUCCUUCUCAAACGAGAGCCUUCUACCUUUCACAGAUGUCAUAUCUCAUCUGUUCCCAUUUCUCUUCCAGCAGCAUUAAGCUGCAGAGCUUACAUACCUUUAAAGUAGGUAAGCUUUAAUAAACCUACAUAACUUUUCUACUCUUUUAAUGUUCUAUAUCGAAUGGGGUACAGUUUUCCACUGGCUUUCAAGGCAUGGAGAGUGGGGAGGGUGUCUGAGUCUUUUCUUAAUGUAAAUUGUGUCUAACAGAAAAUGAGUUUUGUCAGGAGGAAUAUUUUACUUAUGGCUUGAGGGUGGAUGUGCUUGAUCUCUGUUCAAAGUGGUGGCGCAGCACUGUGAAACGCAAACCUUGUGCUGGCAACAGGAACAGCAAUGAGUUAGCCAGUGUGGUGAGGAGGAAUCAGUACCCAGAAACCUUGUUAACUUUCUCUAGCCCUAUCUCACCCCAACCUGCCCACUGACAAAUUGCCUUAACUUCUGUUUCUAGCAUGGAGUUUGUUCCUGUCUUUUUGUAUUUGCUGUCUUGUUAUAAUGAGCAGAAUCCUCUAGGGGGAGCAACAAUUACACACUUGCUAGGGGAAGCCUGUCUAGUGUAUGUCUUAAGUGCUGCAUUUUAUCAUUCCACUUGAGAUGCCGUUGGAAAAAGCUGAAGCCAUGCGCAUCUUACAAUGAAAUGUGUAAAUGUCUCUGGAAUGUGUGCUGUCAUGCAAGAAAUAGUCGUGCUAAUGUUGAAGUCUUGUUUGCCAUAGGUUCAAUUGCACUUUUAAGGCAGCAGGGAUUAGUGGUUAGAGCAGGGACCUGAAAGCCAAGACACUCAAAUCUGUCUCUACUACUCCACUCACUAGCUGGGUGACCUGGGGCAAGUCGCUUACUCUUUGUGCCUCAGUUUCCCUACCUAAGCAAUACUCACCUUAGGGAUUAUUUGGGAGGGGGAUGCCCACCUCUGUAAGUGCUAGGGGAUCCUCGUAUGAAAGGUGCUAUAGAAAUGGGAAAUGUCACCUUUCAAAAUCAGCUAAGUGUCAGCAAGCACAGUUCAUUUUUCAGUUGUAUAUUCGUUCCGAUCUCUUUUCCUAAGCAAUGUGGUGAUGUUUGUAAAUCAUUCACUCUGUGCUCAGAAUAGCUGUUCAGUUCCAGCUGGCUAAUCUGGACUUGCUAUAUGAGGGAACUGUGCUGGAGCAAGGCCGUCUUUCAAUGCGUGCCAGUGUGUUGCUGGUGUGCAGUAUACUAUGUCGAUAUUUUCAGUGCAAAUACCCAGAGAUGCUAUCAAGUACAUGAAUGUCAAUGGCACAUGGCUCUCAGACAUGCAGCGCACCGCAGCCUGCAGUAGAAAAGGUUUUUUUCAUAUGGGAUAGCUUCAUGGAUGACAUUGGGUUUGUGAGGCACCUUUCCUACCACAGGUGUCCUAAAGCUCUUUCCACUGGAGUGAGUGAAACGCUGGCAGGUGCUGCACCUGUUCUGCCCUCAGCAGUUCCCCAGAUGUUGAGGGAGAAGCUGGCCAGGAUUUUGGGGUUGUGGAAAAACUGUUCAAAGCAGAUGGGCAGCAGCCGUCAGAUAUGGGCAGAAAGGCCCUUGAUGGAAUGUCUGAGCCAAAGGUUGCUAACUGCGCACAUCAAGUCACCGUGCGUUGUUCGGCUGAAAGAGCAGCUGCCGCUUGGGAGAAUCUCCAGGGUGGGUGACUGAGGAACUCCCCUGGGCAAGCACAGCAUGUCUCAGCUAGUACUCAGCACAACGCUCAGGAGCCCAGCCCUUAGAAGGCCUGUGUUUAAGUUCACUCAUUCCCAUUCUGGGUCCCUCUUAGCCUUUAAACACUGAUCCCUACCGAGUCUGUUCGUUGUGAAUGUCUUCGCUUCUCACCCUGCUCACUCAAAAUCCAGGCAGGGGAGGGAGUGGGUUGGCGUUCUUCAACCACACUGCGAUCUAGGAGGUGGCUGCCUUCUAGUCCAGAAGCAAUCCUCUCACAGGAUUGCUUCGUGUCCCACUGGGGCCUGAGAGAACUUUCAGCAGUGCCAUUGACUUUGGAUGGGACUCAGGCUCUCUUGAGAAUUUUGCUCCACAUUCCUAGUUUGAAGAGCGCAAUUUUGGGGCUUAACCAAGGUGCUUCCCUGCACUCUGUUAUCCGAGGUUUAGGCUCACACUCUAGUAAUACAGAGUUUUUCCACCUUAGUCUAAAUAGUAACAGAAAAUAUUACAAAGCAUGUUUGCUCCUGAGUGGCUAGCUGUCCCUCCCCCACCCCCUCACCCUGAGGAACCUGCAGUCAUCCCUACAACACAUGAGCAAAGGGCAAACACUUAGCAGAGACCAGCUGCUCAGAGGAGUUUCUUGAGUUAGGAGUUAGCCAUGUGGGGCCGCCUGGGAGACAUGAAUAAAACCAUAUCUUCAGUGAGCCAGGGACCUUUCUUCCUAGCUGGUCACUGCUCUUUUCCCCAGGGACAGGUACCUGGAUUUCCUGAAGAUGAUGAUACCUCCUUGCAAUAUAUGCUCUCUCCAGGAAGAAAGGAGUUGAUGUACAACCUGGGAAGGGUCUGGGUUCCCUGUUUGUGCCAGUUCAGUAUCCGGAUCACUACCUCUGGCCUGUACUGUUGGGUCCCAUGUAUAAAGAGCUCGUGCUGCUUUGUGGGCCCGGAAGAGGGGUGGGGGGUGGCAUCCUGAGCAGGUUGCUGGCAAGGACCCCUUUCUGUUACAUAAAUAAUGAAUAGCAGCAUUUAUUGGCCCAAACUUUGCCCUGGAGAUGGGAUACGGGAAGGUGCAACAGAUGCUAGAGAGGCAGCGUGGCUGUGUGGAUAGACUUCUAGGGCUGGGAGUUGAGGCCAGAGUUCCAUCACUGGCUCUGCCACAGCCAUCCUGUAUGAUCUUCAACAAGCCACUUCUCCGUGCUUCAGUUUCCCCAGCUCUAUAGUGAGGGCAAUGAUACCUGCUUUUGUAAAGCACUUCAAGGCCUAUGGAUGAAAAGCCCCAUAUAUGUGCUAAGUGGAUAUUUACAAUGCUCCCAUUGCAUCAAUUAUGUGUAAUAACAUAAACUAAAGGGGUUUACACUCAGAAUUCCACCUGUUGCAGCGACUCACAAGUCCUGAUUCUGCUGGGGGGGGGGUGUGACUGUUUGGCCCACAGUUCUGGGUGUCGGCAGAGGAGUCCCCCCUGUUGCGUGUUCUCUGUCGGGUUUGGCAUUGGUGACGGUCAUGCUAUUCAAUGUGGUGUUGUGACUAUUUUGCAUAUGAAUAGAACUUUUAACAAGACAUAACUGUUUUUUGAAGAAAAAUCAAUGAUGUAUUUGUAGCAAACCAUUUUUCUCAAUAAAUGCAGUUUCAUCCA